ACGUGCUACCAAUUGGUGCGACUCUCUCUCCUCUCUGCUACGUGCCACGUGAACUUGGUGCGUGCUACGUGCUUUGAGUGCAACCACGAAUUGGUGCCCCUCUCCCUCUCUCUCCUUACGUGUUUCGUGAACUUGGUGCGUCGCACUUCAAGAAGUCGGACGUGCAUUGGUGAUACUCAGCUUGAGGCUUUGUCAUUCUUGGUUGGAGGCUUCAUCGAAUUGGACGCCUGCGUCGACUGGCUCACUCAAGCCUAGGUUGGUUGCUUUGGGUUUCGAUGGCGUUGACGUGAAUCAUUCUUCGGAACAGCGCGCACCAUGAGAUUGAGAACAGAUAAGCGCUUCUGAGUGGUGGGGAGAUGUAAAUUGAAGUUGUGGACAAUAAUCUGAAAGGGGAGGGAGUAUCCCCAGAGGAAGGGACAUGCGGAUUGAUUGAAGAGCAUUUCGGCCAAGUGAGCCGAUUUCUAAUGCUGUAUGGAGGGAUAUGGGCAAUAGAGUCCAAGAAGAUGUGGAAACAGUGCACUUCUCAGGCGAAUUAGGAAUAGGAAAAGGAAGUCGAGGAGUAGAAGAAGGCACGGGAACGGGAAGAGGGGCUCUGCGAAGGGAGGACGUCUUGGAGGCUAUGAAUUGGGAAGCUGAUAGGGUUGGCAGCGACUUGAAAGUUUCGAUGGAUGACCUGGCAUCACGGCGGGCAGUCAGAUCUUCUCUGACGAAAAAGAAGGCUGACGACCCCAGCAAAGCCAUUGCCGAAAUGAUGCUUCAAGGCUGGGCAAUGAUGAAUGAACAUUGUCCAGAAUGCGUUGCGCCUUUGCUGAGGAAUAGAAAAAAGAGACUCUUCUGUGCUGUUUGUGAGAGAUGGAUGUUUCCCGAGACGGAUAUGGCGGCGGCUCCAUCAGGUGGAGGAGCCCAGCAGCAGCAGCAGCAAACGCGGAGGGAGUUGGAUUCUGGUGAUCAAGGAGUGGAUAGCUCCCCUCCUUUUUCUCGGAUCACCCAUCCGCUGGGUCUGAUUGCCGAACCUGGCCAAUCUUUACUGGAAGGGGGUACUAGGGCGGGGUCACUUGGUGGGAAAGAGUCCGAUGGGACUUCUUUGUCCAAUCGCUAUUCUGCCACCGCAUCCGUGAGCUCAUUGAAAGGAAUGGGCACGAGAGAUGGUGCUGCUGCGCCAGCUAGUGCAAAGGAGGGUGGAACGCCGACUAGGAGUGAAGAGAAGAGGCAGGCGAGGUCAUUAGAUGAGGACCAUCAUGAUGGGACAACCACAGAUGCAGGCGAUCGUCCCCGUCAGUUGGCCGCUGCCGACAGUCGACGAAUUCAAGAACGGAUCUGCAAUGCGGAAGCCAUCGAUACUGUUGGUGGGAGAGAUGAGAGGGUGGGAAAGUCGGGAAGAGUGUUGAAGAGGAUGGCAGUGGGGGAGCCCGCUGUCAUUGGAAAUGGAGACGAUUGCAGAGAUGGACAUGCCAUUGAUGCUAGAGCCUCUGAUGGUGAUCGUGGCACCGGUUUAGGGUUUCAGGACGCGCGACACGCAGUGGAGUGGGUGGGACAGAGAUCGACAUGCUUGACAGGAUCGCGAUUGGCCGACUGUGGACCGCGCGACGAGGAUUCACUGAUCUCUCCGACCGAACUUCCAUUGACAAAAGGAAGAGGGAUUAGCGCUGGCGGGAGGGACACGAGUGGCGGGGACAUUCCCCAGGCAAACGGGGCUUUGAAAAUUGAGGAUGUGGUUAGCCGGACUGUCACCACACUCGCUCACAAGCUGGAGGAGACAAGGAAAUUGAUUGCUGGAGAAUGUUCUGUAGAAGAGACCCGGAAGUUGCUUGGGCUAAUCGUGGAGUAUGCGAAUGUCAUUAUGCUCCUCCAAUCACUGAGAUCAUGAGGGCAGUUCACUCUCGCGCAAAAUUUCUCUGUACAGGUUUAGCAAGCGUGCCCAAUUC